UACCUUAGAUCCGGCAGGUCAAUCCACUAAGUUCACGGCAAACAGAUAAGUCCGCAUCAAAUAGAAUCUCCCAUGUCAGGUGCUUUAAAAGUACCGUCUCAUGAUCAAACUCUCCUCAAUAAACAGGAAACCUAAGCACAAAGAAGAGAGAUUUCGCAACCGAAGAGCGAGGAAAGCGACAGCAUCCAGGCCGCUCCUCAGCCACCUCUAGGGUAGUGGCCAUGGCUCAGCAACCAUUACAGCCUACGGGUCCUUCCACUCCAUCCCUCCAAGAUUUUGCUUAUGGAGAGUUCACCUACCUACCGGAAUCUGAAGUGGACUGGAAUUCUAUGCCGAGCUUUGCUGAGGGCAAUUAUGAUCUGCCCCUUGAUUCUCCAAUCGUCGCAUCAUCUCCUCAUCCCUCUGUCAAUGGAAAGAGCACAAUCAGUGUUUUGCCAAGGCAUCAGACCCAGCAGCCCCCUGCCACCUUCAAUUCUUCUCAGCUUCCCGGAGAUGAACUACCCAAUCCGCAAAUGCAGCAGAAUGGUUUUAUCUCACCGAUGCAAGGCAAUGGUCUAAAUCCCCAAGCUGGAUGUGAGGGGCAACUUCCAUACUGGGCUGGAAAAGCCGUCUACGGAAGGCAUGAUGGGAGCACCCACAGUUUGUGGAACACGAACUUUACUCCCGGUGGAUAUUUUCCCCAACAACCAUACUUCACGAAUACAGGCAGAGCGGUUUCUUUGCCUGUUGGAGGAGGAGGCUUUUCCCGAGCAAUGAAUGGUACUAUUUCAAAUGGCAGAAUGGCGAUUCAAGUUAGUAACCCCGAUUUCUCAUCGGCAAUGAUGGACGAUCCAAGACAAAAAACGUUCAAUUAUAUUCGUAAUGGAUGGCAACCUAGUGCAACUAAUCAACAGAGCCUCCAACAGAUCAACAGGACGAAUGUAGAGAACAUGACUAACAAUUCGACUUCUCGAUCAUGCAAUUGCAAGAAAACCAAGUGCAACUCACGACACUGUGGAUGCUUCGCAGUAGGAAUUUAUUGCCAGACGACUUGCAAAUGCCAAAAUUGCCUUAAUGAUCACAAAUCCAAAGACAAAAUCAUGGAGGCCCGGCAAAGUGUCUUGUCCCGUGACAGUGCUGCAUUUGAGCCAAGAGUUAUCAACAACACUGAAAUUCUUGCACAGGAACAAGGAAACUAUGUCAGCACCACAUCUACUGCGAGGCAUAGAGUUGGAUGCAACUGCAAGCAUUCCUUGUGCAAGAAAGGAUAUUGUGAAUGCUAUCAGGCCCGUGUCAGAUGCUGUGAUGCAUGCCGGUGUGAAGGUUGCAGAAAUACUUUUGGCGUGAAAAGCGGGAGUAGAGAGCUGGCGAAUUCAUUGGAACAGAUUGCAAGGCACCCAUCAUUCGCCGAAGCGCAAAACAUUCAAGGAAAUUAUAUGGCCGAACCAUUGUCUGCUCCUACUCUUUUGCACCCUUUGGCGACCAACACACCUCAGUUGCCCUAUAGAAGGGGACAAGAUAACCAUUUCACCACGGUGAGCUUCGGUGGCCCAACUCAGGAGAUCAACUUGCAGUUACCAGGCUUUAACGGGCUAUCCGAAAGCUACCCCAUAUCGAACUCGCAAGAUCUUUCUGCUUUUCCUCUUCCAAACUUCUUCCAAGGUAUUACCCAGUCGGUUGCAGCAGUUACGCAUGCGGAGCGCCAACUCGGUACUGCAGGGAUUGCACCAGGGGAAGCUAGCGUUCAAGAUGAUCCGGGAAAAUCGGGUCAUACUUGAGCAGAGUAGGGGGCGGGUUUACGACGUUUAGCAGAGGAAGCCAUUGAUCGAAUUGAACAUGGACAUCUGUCUAUUACUACUACAUCAGAGAGGGCUAAUUGGUGUGACUUUUGUUUUCUGUUUUUGCCCGUACUCCAAUGAUUGUGUUAAUUAUAAACCAAUAAAUCGUAGGUAUAUUAUACGACGUAAUUC